UGGGAUGGAAAGGGCCCCUAGGAAGCCAGAGCCAGCCCCUCCCUUCCGUUAAGCACGGAAGAAUGACACGCAAAGCAGGGAACGGCUAGAGCCUGCAGUGGAAAGUUGGAGCCCUGGUGUGUGGCAGGCGGACAGAGGUGCAGAGAGCAGCCGGGGAGAAUAAGACUCAGAGGACGUGGUGGGCCACGGCUGGGACGAUGCAGUUCCUGGCUUGGUUAAUGGUAGCCAUUUGCUUCCUCCCUGGGGUGACUACAACCCAGCACCGUACAGGGCAGCCCAUGGACAGCACCAACGUGGGAGGUGGCCUGCAGGAGCCAGAGGCCCCGGAAGUGAUGUUUGAGCUGCUCUGGUCUGGGCUGGAGCUGGAUAUCAUGGGGCAGCUGCACAUCCAGGACGAGGAACUGGCAUCCACGCGUCCAGGCCGCCGGCUCAGUCUCCUCCUGCAGCACCAUGUGCCCAGUGACUUGGAGGGUGCUGAGCAGCGGCUGCAGCAGUUCCAGGACCUGCGGAAGGGACCCCCUCUUAGCCCUUGGGACUUUCAACAUCUGCUCCUCACAGGCCUGUCCUGUGUCUACCGGCUCCCUGUGGCUAGUGAGGCUGAGGAGAGAGGUCGCUGGGCCCAGGUCUUCACCCUCCUGGCACAGGAAACACUCUGGGACCUGUGCAAGGGCUUCUGCCCCCAGGGCCAGCCCCCUUCUCUGGGGCCCUUGGCCUCUACCCUUGACCCCUUCCCCUAACCCUCCCCUUCUGCCUGUCAUUCCCACCCCAGCCCCCUCUACCCCGCCUCCUACCUGAGCCAGACCCAUCUUGGGCCAGGGGCCUCCAUCUGGCACCUGGUUCUUCCCACUGUGUUCGGGCCUCUGGGCUCGGCUUGUACCCCGGACCCCAGCUCACCCCUCCCCCAUCUUCUUCCCUGGGCCCAGGCUCUGGGUCCCAGGCAGCAGGCACAGACCUAAGGGCAGGACUUGCAGGCAGUGUGUGUGAGGCGGGGGUUGGGGGGUGUAGGGGUCAGGGUUGAGAAGUGUAUUUAAGAGAUGCUGAAUGGGAAGCUCCCAAGUAAGGCCAGGUCAGACCCUCCAACUCCUACCCUGGCAGUCCCAUGAGAGGCAGAAUCUACAGGAAACUCCUAAGUGCUCAGUGCCCAGUCCUAAUGUAGAUACCUCUUUUAAACCCAGCCAAGGCUCUGGGGGUCCCUAAGCCUCCAAGUACCCCGUGUGGGCUAGGAGAAUAGACUGGACACUUUUAGGUCAGUCUGUUGGAGGAAUGGAGGGAAGCGGUGGAGGAACAUUAUCUUCUGCGGGGCAGGGAAGUGAGAAGUGUUUUUUGGCCCAUAUCGACAAGGCUCAGAGGAGGGAGUAAGGCUGGAAGGGGACUGAGGCUGGCUGGUGUAGUCCUGAUCCUGUGUAGCUCAUCCCAUAAAAUGUUCUGUUCUAGC